AUGGCAACCCAAGCGCACUGCGCGUUCUGCUUCGAAACGCUCGUCGCAAGCCUCGAGAAGCGCCCCGCCCUCACGCUCGCCCAAGUCGAACAUCUCUGGGCCAAAUACAACACCGAGCCUACCACAACAUCCGAGCUCGAAGACGAGACCGAAGCGGAAGAAGCAGACCAGGCCGCGGCACAGGUAGAUGGCUCCCACAAAACACCCGCGAUAUCGCGUAUCCUCGCCUCUCCGCCCUCCUCCGCAAGUUCGUCAAGCCGGCAAAGCGCGAAUUCGACGCCCAGCGGUCUAAGCAGCGAGACACCAAGUAGCAUCACAAGCCAGAGCAGCAGCACUACAAACCUAGUCGAUAAGGAGGAAGAGGCAGAAGAGCAUCCCUUGUUCGUAACAUGGAACACGGUUUCGGGCUCCGGCGAGAAGCGACUUCGAGGCUGCAUUGGAACCUUUUCAGCCCAGCCCCUCACCACGGGACUCUCGUCAUAUGCGCUCACAGCCGCCUUCGACGACACGCGUUUCUCGCCCAUUAGCACACGCGAACUACCUACGCUCUCCUGCGCCGUCACACUCCUCACAGACUUUGAGCCCGUGGACGAUGUUAUGGAUUGGGAGAUUGGCACACAUGGCUUGCGGAUUAGCUUCCAGGAAAAAGGUAGGCGGUAUGGGAGCACGUAUCUGCCUGAUGUGGCGAGCGAGCAGGGGUGGACGAAGGAAGAGGCGCUGGUUAGUUUGAUGCGGAAGGCGGGGUGGAGUGGCAAGAAGGCGGAUUGGAAUAAGGUUGCGUUGAAGGUCACGAGGUAUCAGGGUAAGAAGGUAGCGUUGAGCUGGGGCGAGUGGAGGAGUUGGAGGGAUUGGGUUGAUGAGGAGAUUGCGGAUGUCUAG